GACAAAACACAACGGCGGCUUCUCCCUCCAUUCAAUGACGCCAGCCCAUCAGCGAGCGUUUUGAGAUAUGGUCCAGUGCUGAUGGCUGACUCCACACUGUUCAUGUCCAGAGCGCCCCCUGUGGAAGGGAGGCCUGUGGUGCUGAAUGUCGUGGGCCUCCUGGACCCAGUCGGGGAUGAGAACAGCACAGCUGAGAGAUGCUUCCGCUCACACUCUCGCAGCAGCGUCCUCCAGGGUCUCCCCUUUGGGGGGAUACCCACCGUCUUGACCAUCAAUGUGCUCAUGUGGAUGUUCCUUUUGCUCAUCUUCUCCUGUCUGAGGAAGGCUGCUUGGGAUUAUGGCCGCCUAGCUCUGCUGAUGGACAACGACAGCCUCACAUCUCUGUUCUAUGGAGAACCAAGUGAGAAGGAGAAGUCUCCCUCAGAGUCUAGCCCUUCUGACUCUGAGACCAAGGACAUGGGUUUUUGUUCGUGGCUCACAUCUCUUUACCAUAUGAAGGACGAGGAGAUCCGCAGCAAGUGUGGCAUUGAUGCCGUCACUUAUUUGUCCUUCCAGCGCCACAUCAUCCUGCUCAUGACUGUGGUGUGCCUGCUGUCUUUGGCUGUGAUCCUGCCAAUCAACUUUUCCGGGAAUCUCUUGGGAGACAGUCCUGAGAACUUCGGAAGAACAACACUGGCUAAUGUUAGUGCAAAGGACAGCUUCCUGUGGCUGCACGCCAUAUUUGCUUUAGUCUACUUUCUUAUCACGUUUAUAUGUAUGGCUCACCACUCCAUACGGCUGCAGUACAGAGAAGAUGAGAAGGUUGCAAGAACACUGAUGAUCACAUCUAUACCCAGAGAAAUCUCAGACCCAGGACUGAUUACCAAACACUUACAUGAGGCUUACCCCAGUUGCACCGUCACCGACAUCCGCUUCUGCUUCGACAUCAACAAGCUAACGAGGCUUGACUUAGAGAGGCGUAAGGCAAUGAAAGGCAGGCUGUACUUUGCCACAAAAUCCCAGAAGGAGGGAAAGAUCAUGAUGAAGACCCACCCGUGUGCUCAAAUAUUCUGCUGUGACAUUUGUGGCUUUGAAAAGGUGGAUGCAGAACAAUACUACAGCGAGUUAGAAGAGAAAUGUACGGAUGAGUUCAAUGCUGAGAAGAAUCGCAUCUAUAUGAAGAGGCUGGGCAUCGCUUUUGUGACGUUUCGCGAUGAUAGAAUGACUGCUGUAAUUGUAAAGGACUUCAGUCGCGUGCGCUGUCGCCGUCGACCCCAGCAGUCCAGCGUCACCACGGUGGUCCAGUCUCACCAGUGGGGCAUCAGCUACGCUCCUGCUCCCAAUGACAUCAUCUGGGAAAACCUGUCAGUCUGUGGAUCUCACUGGUGGCUCCGCUGCGUCCUCCUCAACAUCCUCCUCUUUCUGCUGCUCUUCUUCCUCACCACUCCCGCCAUCAUCGUCAACACCAUGGACAAGUUCAAUGUCACCAGGCCUGUGGAGAGUCUGCAGAGUCCUAUCAUCACUCAGUUCGUCCCAACCCUCCUGCUGUGGGUGUUUUCAGUCCUGCUGCCCUUUGUCGUCUACUACUCAGCCAUCUUUGAGUCCCACUGGACCAGAUCUGGUGAGAACCAGGUCACAAUGCACAAGUGCUUUCUACUGUUGGUUUUUAUGGUCCUCAUCCUGCCUUCGCUUGGUCUGUCCAGUCUGGACCUGUUCUUCACUUGGCUUUUUGACAUUAACUUCCUAGAUGAAAAGGAUGUCAAAUUCCAGUGUGUUUUUCUCCCUGACAACGGUGCGUUCUUUGUAAAUUACGUGAUCACUUCUGGGCUGAUCGGCACCGCCAUGGAGCUGCUUCGUAUCCCGGCGUUGACAGUGUACGGUCUUCGCCUCUGCUUCGCAAAGUCUCAGGCUGAGCGUAUUCAUGUAAAACGGAGUCAGACCUAUGAGUUCCAAUUUGGCCUGGAGUACGCCUGGACCAUGUGUAUCUUUGCUGUCAGUGUGACCUACAGCAUCACUUGUCCCAUUAUUACACCAUUUGGUCUGCUCUAUGUGAUCCUGAAACACAUGGUUGACCGCUACAACAUCUACUAUGCAUAUGUUCCCACCAAGCUCAACCAGCGCAUCCAUAGAGCCGCCAUCCAUCAGGUCAUCUUGGCUCCCAUCCUCUGUAUCUUCUGGCUGCUCUUCUUCUCCGUUCUCAGAUUAGGUGCAGUGCAUCCCAUAACCCUGUUUACUUUGGUGUCCCUGCUCUCUUCUGUUGCUGUUUCCUUUUUCCGUUUGUGCCUUAAAAAGCAACCAGACAAGUCAACAAGCUACCAGAUGUCUAAUCAACCAGCAGAGCGAACAUUCAAUGAUGCGGACAGGAGUACAGUUACUUCAACCACCGCUUCCAGUCUGUUUGUGGCAUCCGUCCUGCUGGAGCCAGAGCUUGCGUUGACCCCCAUGCCCUCCCCGGCCCACCACAGCUAUGGCGCCAUGGCCAGCUCCCAAAGUUCAGCCCACGGCCCAGCAGAAGAAGAAGAGGAGGAGGGAGAGGAAGGGCACACCCAGACUCGUGAAACUGAGCUCCAAGACCCCCCUGACACCUCCUGCUCCAGCCCACUCAUGGACAGCCCCGUGGGCUACCAGUAAUGCCACCUUUCCCCCUAAAGCUGAUUUCCACAUGUACUUCACCUGAGAUCGUACUGCAGUGCCAUGUUUCCUCUCUCUGCUUGACCUCAGACUCCAACUUAGCUGCCUCAGGAGACUGGAGAUUAUUCAAAUGAUAGGAGCUGAAGAGGAUGUGAUGAAUAUACUGGAUCCAAGUAAUCAAUUCCAGAAUAUUUCUCAUACAACCAAACCGCACGCCAGUCACUGUAGAUUCCAUUCUCCUUCAUGACUCUUUUACCUUCAAGUGACUCGAAGCAAUGGAAGGCAAACUGUCUUUGGGUUAUCCGUCACAAACGCUAUACACGUCGUGCCCCUUGGACACGAUUGGAGGUGAAAAUCCCACCAGAGUGGGUGGUGUGAGCAGGCUCGCCCUGCCAGACUAACAGAGCGGUCCGGGCUCGGGUGAUAUCUGAUCGAUGGCGGCCAGAGCGUGGCGAGGCUGGGGGGUGGAGAGCGAAUUGCGAAGCCAUCUGCAGUGAGAGAGCUGACAGACGGAGGGUGCAAUGUAACGCAGAGAUGUACUGUAAGAUAUGUACACUCUCUAUCCUUCCCCUAGCACAAACAGCGCUACUCUAUCUGAAGCUUGUUGGACUAACUUCAGCAUUUAUUUUUGCUAAUGUAUUUGUUGUUGGUAUUACGCUUUGGCCUGGCUUGUUGAUUUGAUGAUUAUUUAUUUUUCUCUUUUGACCGUGUAGUUCAGUGUUUCCCAAACUUUAUUAAGCCAAGGCGCAUGUUUUACGUUACAUAAAAUCUCUCGGCACGCCACUAAACAAAAAUGUCACAAAAUGUUGUUUAUGUAUCUUCUGCCAUCCAGUGGAACAGCAUUUAAUGGUUUUUCCCGUCACUAUAUGUCACUGGCAUAGAUAGAUGAACAAAGAUAUUUUUUCGUAGUAAAUAAUUUUUGGACCAAUUAAUUGAUAAUGGCUCAUUUUCCGCAGCACAUAAGAUGAUCUCUUACCAGUGUGCCAAGGCUCACUGGCUGGGAAUCACUGGUGUAGUUAACUGAAUUCUUCUUUUCUUUUGUGUAUGCUAAAGAAGCACAUCGUAUUAUUUUAGUGUACAGUACAUAUUCCGGUACUUAUGUGAAAUGCUGAACCAGACACCACCCUGUGUCACAACUAAAGCCAUCAUUGUGUGCAGAUAACAUCAUGGUAUUCAUUUUGUGUGCUCCAAACAGUACUUUAGACCUCGACAAUGGCCAAAAUCUGUCCAACCUUCCAUCCAUCUAUCCAUUUAUUUUCUAUACCACUUAUUCUCAUUAGGAUCGUGGGUGAGUUGGCGCAGACUUUGAGCGGGAAGCAUGGUACACCUUGGACUGGUCACCACCAUUCACACCUAUAGAUCAUUUAGAAUUUUCGACAACCUGUUUUUGGAAUGUGCGAGGAAGGCGGAGUACCCAGAGAAAGCCCACUCAAGCAAGGAGAAAACACACAAACUGCAAACUGGAAGGCCGGAGCCGAGAUUCGAACGCCAAACCUCAGAACUGUGAGGCCAACGUGCUAAACACUCAUACACCAUGUUGCCGUCCAAAAUCCGUCUCCUUCAAUUUUGACAAAAAGUUAUAGCUCAAUACAGGAGUGAUGAUACAAUGCAGCGUGAAGGCUUUCCCAAUUUGAAAGAUCCUACAAAUAUGGCUCCUUUUUAUUCUCAGGUUUUUGCAGGAUACAUUGCUGCGAUAUCCCAAGAUCAUUUGCACACUACUGCUCAGUACUGAAACAUAUUUAAAUAUGGGAGCACAACUGGUCAUAUGUGAUGUUUGAACUUCUAAAAGACCUUCAAACUUCGGUGACAAUAUGUGACGCAGCAUAAUGUGAGCAUUAGUAAUGCUAAUAUUUUGAAUUUGUCGUCACCAAGCAUCAUGAUGUAAGGUAAUAGUGGAAAUCCAGAAAAUCUACAAAAGGCCUCCGAAAAGUCCUGCCCUAUUUUUCGAGAUGUGGGUCCAACCCAGUUCGGUGUAACCUUUCAAAUGUUUGGGGUCAUGCAUCAGAUGAUUAAAAUAUGAAUUGUUUGUUAUUCUCAAUUGUUGUUAUUUUACUAUUAACAUUAAUUGUGUUCCACGAGGAAUACAACUGGCGGCACGGUAGUUAGCACAUUAGGACUGGUCAGCACAUCCGCCUCACAGUUCCGAGGACCGGGGUUCAAAUCCCAGCCCCGCCUGCGUGGAGUUUGCAUGUUCUCCCCGUGCCUGCGUGGGUUUUCUCCGGGUACUCCCGUUUCCUCCCACAUCCCAAAACAUGCAUGGUAGGUUAAUUGAAGACUCUAAAUUGCCCGUAGGUGUGAAUGUGAGUGCGAAUGGUUGUUUGUUUAUAUGUACCCUGCGAUUGGCUGGCGACCAGUUCAGGGUGUACCCCGCCUCUUGCCCGAAGAUAGCUGGGAUAGGCUCCAGCACACCCGCGACCCUAGUGAGGAAAAGCGGAAUGGAAGAUGAAUGAAAGAUGAGUGAGUAAUGCAACCCUCAUGUUCUUUGCUUCCAUCCACACCGAACCCUCAAAAAAGACAAAGUAAAUCACCCGCAAAGCGCCUUUUUUUGCUGGUACCCGACUGGGUGGAGCGCUGUUAAAAAAACUGUCAAAGGGUUGUAGGCUUGAUGAAACUAACCCACCAACUCCAGAAAGUAGAGGAACCCCAAUGUAACUGCUUUCAUCCACUUGUGUAUCAGAAACCAAAAGACAGUUGACCAGUAGGGGUACAUAGUGGUCAUCUACAACCGUUCAUUUUUUUUAUAUAUAUAUUUUUGUUGUUGAAAUACCAAAACAACGUCAACUGUGAUAUUUUAAUGGAGCUACAAUCAUUUGUAUUUGGUGGUCAAAUGUUUCUGUGCUGUGUGUCACAUGUAGUUACAAGAUUGAAAAAAUAUCUGCUGACUGGCUUGAUGACUUGUUAUUUGAAGCGCUUGUAUUCUCUUCAUUUACAAUCCAUCUGAAUAUGGCAUUUUGCAUUUGUAUGUUAUUUAAUUUUCCUCUCGGUGGAAUUUUGGCGUGAAUGUAAUAUGUCUGGCCACCCCCACGCCUCAAUCGUCUUAUUGCUGUGCCUUGAAGAACCACUCCCUUCUGUGUGACAAUCCAGCAUGGCCUGAAAUAUGCUGCAUGAACUAAAGACUAAAGAGCAGGCAAACCAACAAUAGAGCAGGACAACAACAUCAAAUGCUGUUAAGAAAAAAAAAAAAAAAAAAAAAAAGCUAAACUUUUUAGUCAGUGGCUUUCUGGUUCUUUUAGGCAGCAAACACCAGUCAUUGUGAGCUAAUGCAGACAAUAUUAAGAUUGCACCUCAUUUGUCCUUCACCAUUUAAGCAUUAGCAUGUCAACAGAUAUUCCUACAUUGGAGGCCAGGCAAUGCUGGGUUUGAUUGGUCCGACUUUUGGCCUGAUCAUGGACAUGAAAGUCCUAAAGCUUUUGGAGUCCGUACAUAUUUCUGACAAAUGAAAUGUAUUUUCUGCACACUGUCAUGUUGUGUAUUCGUGUACUGUUGAUUUGAUAAUUUGACAUUGAUUUAAAUGUACUUUCCCUUUUCCAAACGUCUUUUUUGUUCAUGGUAUGUGUACGCGUGGGCAUGUCCAAGAACAGUAUCAUUCGAAAAAUCCUUUCUUUCAUCUGUCAACGGUCUU